GCAAGCGCGUGGUCUUGUCCUUGUUUAACUUGACCAACCUCACUCAUCCUCUCGACUUCGCAGGGCUCAUCUACUAGGGGACUUUGCGCGUACAGACACGCGUUAUGAUGGACGUGCAAACUUCUCGUGGCCGCGGUAUUCGCAUCCACGGUGCUGGCGGCCGACCUCAGUCCAAGAACCGGAAGUGGGUCGCGGGUCAAGACAACACGAGCUCUGGCCAUAACAGCGACAGCGAGCGGCGGGAGCGCGGUAGCCAUGGGAGGAAACAACAUGGUCACAAUCAAGUCUCUACUCCGCGUCCUUCAUCACCUUUCCUCGGCGUGCCCGACCCUCACCAGCUGGACGACGGGGUCAGUGGCACGGAAGACGACCAUAGCAUGAACGGGGACACUGGCGAAGAGGGUAGCGACAACGAUACCGAGUACCCUCCCGAUCCCGAAACGCCACAGGAGCGUGAGCUGUUCUGGCAAGAGCUUGUGAAAGCACGGGAAGCGGAACGCAAAAAGGCCAUAGCUGAAGGCAAGAUGGACGAUCCUACUGUUCCAAGAAGGCUGGACGAGGCGAUCACUAUGGUUGGGACGUGCAUGGAUAUGUGUCCGAGGUUUGAACGUUACCGACGUGAGCGUGAAAACAACCUAGACAAGUGGGAGGUGGUGCGUUGAACCCCUUCAUUCGCUCCUGUAGUACUGCUGGAGAGACUGUGUCCUCUUUACAGAUCCCUGGUACUAAGCGCGUAGACCAUAAACGUGCAGUGAAGAUCUAUGAGCGAGCUGCUGGUGACAAGACCCUUCCGUC